CGAGAAAUACAAUGCAAUGGUUGAGGCUUCUGCACCUCCACACAUUUUUAUCGAUGCCACUCUAGCAGGAUCUACUUCGGAAGCUAUGAAAGCCUUCUCAGCAGCUCUGGGCUUACCCACAUUAUCCACUUCUUUCGGACAUGAUCAGGAUUUGAGGGAAUGGCGGGAGUUGAAUGAACAACAGAAGAAAUACUUAGUCCAAGUACUUUCCCCAAAUGAUGUGAUUCAUUCCCUCAUACGCCAAAUUGUUUUUAGACAAAAUAUGACAAAUGCCGCGAUAUUGUUCGAUGAAACUAUAGUCCUCAUUCACAAGUUCAAAUCAAUCCUCGUGAAUACUGGAAUAUCUUUCACCUUUCUCCACGUGAACCCCACAACUAUAACAGAGGAUCUGAAGAAACUUCACUCGCUAUUUUUCGUCAAUUUCUUCGUCAUUGGAACUAUAACAACCGUAAGAUCAGUGCUUAAAGUUGCAUCGAAACUGGCUUACCUCACACAAAAAUAUUCCUGGUUUCUGUUGACGAGAGAUACUGGGAAAAUUGGUGCAGCAUGUGAGAGCUGCUCAUUACUGGUGGUUCAACCGGUCAUAAGCAAUGAAUGUAAGAGUAAUCUCGGGAAAAUAUUCGGCUCGAAAAUUGAGCCCGAAUUGAGCCUUUCUUUCCAUUUCGAUUUGUACGUGGGAACGUUCAUCUCAAUCAGGGAAAUCCUGAAAAAUUCUAAUGGUGAUUUGGGAAACUACAAAACUUGCGAACAGUACUAUGACGAUAAGACAGUCAUUGUAAGGUCAGAUAUUAAUUUGAUUGAAGAACUUAGAAAGCCAAAAUCCUUUGGACCAACCUGUGGAAAAAUCAAUUAUAUAUCGAAUGGGUUCAGCCAUAUGGAUUUCAAUAUGAGCCUCACACUGAUGAAAAUCAUGAACCAUUCCAUUUCUGAAAGUACAGAAGUAGCAACAUGGAUAGCUGGAUUGAAUAACUCUAUAAUAGAAAAGAAUAGAGACCUGAUGGAUGGCUAUACCUCAUUCACAACAUAUAGAGUCAUAGCGAUAGAGGAAAAACCUCUCGUGUUCAAAGACGACAAGCACCCAUCUGGUUAUAACGGGUACACCAUAGACCUGCUGGAGGAACUCUCUAAAAGAAUGAGAUUCAGGUACAAUAUAACCACCACAAAUGAUGUGGGAUAUCCCGAUUCGGAAGGAAAAUGGACUGGCUUGAUAGGUCAACUCAUUAAUGAUGAAGCUGACAUAGGAAUAACAUUAUACGUCACUGCAGUAAGGGAAGAAGUCGUUGAUUUUACCGUACCGAUUUUCGAUCUCAUCGGAAUCAAUAUUUUGGUGAAAAAUGUGCCGUUACCUGAUGAUCUCUUCAAGUUUGUACAUGUUUUCGAAAACGAUGUUUGGUUCUGCAUUGUUCUCGCCUAUUUUGUCACGAGUUUAUUGAUGUGGAUAUUCACCAGCUUCAAACCUUGGUAUCAUCCCUCGUUGGACGAACACAUUUCGAAAAGAAAUGGAAAAACUGGAAAAAUCAGAAUCUUCAACCUAUCCGAGUGCUUGUGGUUCUGUUUGACAUCUCUAACAGCUUUGGGUGGAGAACAAGCGCCGUAUAAGUUUUCUGGUCGUUGUGUUGCGGCCACCUGGUAUAUUUUCGCUUUCAUUGUAACUUGCACCUACACAGCUAACCUGGCGGCCUUUUCUACAUUAUCCAGAGAGAAGAGUUCGAUCAAUUCACUCCACGACUUGACCAAACAGUAUAAGAUGCAGUUUGCCCCCAUUAAUGACUCUAUAGAGAUAGAAUAUUUCAGAAAUAGAGCUUAUAUUGAGGAGAAGUUGUACGAUGUAUGGGAGAAGUUGUCCUUAAACGACAGCCUAAGCAAUACAGAAAGGUCCAACCUAGCCGUCUUCGAUUAUCCUCUAUCUGACGAAUAUUCUAAGAUUUGGAAGGUGAUGCAGGAAAGUGGAUUUCCAAGUACAUUUGGAGAAGCAGUAGAAAGAGUGAAGAAUUCCACAUCAUCAACGGAAGGAUUUGCUCUAGUGGCCAAUUCAAUUUUCACGAAGUAUGCUGCUUUGUCUAAUUGUGAUCUUCUGGUGGUGGGUGAGGAAUUUUCACUUAAGCCCUUAGCGUUUGCAUUGUCACCAGGCUCACCCUUGAGGAAGGAUAUUGACGAGCAGUAA